UCGCGGCUGCAGCCGGUGCGGCGGCGGAGGAGGGCGGGCCGUGUCCGCCCGAGUGGGCGCCUGCUGGACCCCCCUUCCGCCCUCGUGCUCCCUGGUGUCGCCGACCCCGCGUUCGGUGGCUCAGGUCCCGGCUGAAGUCUGCGAGGACGUGGCGUGGGGACCGAGCCUGCGCCCUGCGCGCGAGGGGAAGCUCUGCGGCCGCCACCGCGAAGUGCAGGAGCUGUUCCCGGGACCGCGGGCGGGCACGCGCGGCGCGCCGUGGCUUUUCGCCUUUGUUCUGACUGGCCUUCGCCCCAAAGGAAGUGUCCUCUAGGUGGUUCCUUAGCGAUGUGGGAAGGAUUUCAGUGUUAAUCGAUCAUCUGUGAGCAGUUUUUAGCACUAGCUGCUGCUUGUUGAGUGCUGACUACUGUGUGCCGGGUGCUUUUCAAGUAUUAUCACUGAUUACUGCAGCUGUAGAAGGUGGUCAUGUUUUGCCCCGUUUCACACUUAAAAGUCUCAGAUAUUAAUUGGGGAGCCAAUUGCCACCUGUCUUUCUCCUUCAGUGUAUGACAUGAUCUGUAAACUUGGGUUUGAAGUCAGAGAAAAUUGCGACAUCAGUAGUAUUGUAACUCAAAACGGUGAAGUAUGCUGGAAGAAAAUUACCGACUGCAUGGUUUAUACAGAAUCAGCCCAGGGUCUGGACCACCGGGAAAGUGUGCGGCUGCUGGGCCCCGUGUGCCAGGCCGUCCACCUGUAUCUGUCGUCUCUGCCCAAGGGGCAGUUUGAAGUGCAGUACACACCGGCGCUCCAGUGGACAGGUGUUCCAGAGUUAUUUCCUGAAAUACUUGAUGCCUUGAGAAGUCUUGAAUCUCCCAGUAUUUCUCUCAGCCUCAUGAAGCUCACGUCCUGUCUGGAGCGAGCCCUGGGUGACGUAUAUUUACUGAUUGGGAAGGACUGCCCCUUUCUUUUAAGAGAUCUGCUCGCAUCUGAGGAACUUGCUCAAGUCUUCGGGCAGCCUGUGAUGGACGUGCUCAAGGUCUUCGUGGGCUCUCCGCGUGGGCUCAACCUCCGCAACGUCCUGUGGCACGGCUUCGCGGCCCCUCAGGAGGUUCCGCCCAAAUACUGCUCGAUGAUGGUGGUGUUGGCGGCAGGCUUGGGUCAGCUACUGAAGGGCUUCCUUCAACAGACGGGCUUCACGUUGGCGCAUCGGCCUUUCGUGACUCUCACGAGCGUAGAGGAUUUGAUCGUUUUUCCUGAUGUCACUUCGGAGGUGCUUUCCGUAUUAGAAGAAGUGAUGAAGAAGUCCACUUUUAUACUGAAAAUCAUGUUGCCAUAUUGGGAAGUUGCAUUAACCAAGUUAAAGUCUCACAGGUUUGCCGACUGUGCCAUUUUACUGUUGGUGCAGCUGGAGACUGGACUCAGGAAGGCGUUUGCUGAAGUUAACGGGUGUCCAAAGAGGCUUCUCACUGCUGAGUCAACAGCUCUUUAUACUACCUUCGAUGAAAUAUUGGCAAAACACUUGAAUGAUGGUAAAAUCAACCAACUUCCUCUUUUCCUGGGAGAACCUGCAAUGGAAUUUCUCUGGGAUUUCCUAAACCAUCAGGAGGGUCCCCGUCUAAGAGAUCGGCUAAGCCACGGGGAAGUCAGUUUACCUGAAUUUCCGAAAGAAGCAGCCGGUCAGCUGCUUGCGUUUUCCUUUGUCCUUUUACUCAGGUUUAUUGAUGGAGAUCUGUUAGCAGUGUGUAAGGAAAAAGCAGCGGUGAGGUCGCUGAUUAACCUUGCAGCAGCCUACGUUUCUCGCUGCCACCCAGCUUCUCAGCUUAAAAAGCAGGUGCUGAGCUGUGAGGGGAGCAUUGGAGCUUGGCCUCUGCUGCCUUUGCCCGAAGAAGCCGAAAGGGAGCCUGUGCGACCAGAAGGUGAUUCUGAGACAGAUGCCUGCAGCUCUUUAAUCACAGAGAUCGUGGCCGAGCUGUGUUGCCGUGCACCUGAGACACACCGCGCUGCCCACCUCUCAGGGCCCCUUCCUCCUGAGCAGUGGCCCCGGCUGCUCCAUGCGCUCUGCAGCACCCCCGUGCGGACCCUCUUCUGCCCCCGAGCUGUCCUGGAGGUGCUGGCGGUGCUCCGGAGGGUCGCCGCCCACUGCCGCCUCGUUGGUGGCCAGGUAGCUGCGUGCGUGGAGCUGAGGCGCCGGCAGUGGGAGGACCGAAGCCUGCGCUCGCGGCAGAGGCGGAAUUACCUGCGUCUGGCGCGCAGUAUGAAGCUUCUGUCUCCGAUGCUUUACCUGAUUUUAUUGCUGAUUGCGCUGGAAUUGAUCAACAUUCACAUGGUUCUUGGGAAGAAUGCUUCAGAAUACCAGCAGUACCUGAGGGCCACGGGAACUCUGUCCAGACAGCGAUACUGGGAGGAGGCUGGUGAAGCUGCACCGCCCUCAGCUGCGCGGACGCCCGGAGCCUGGUUCUUGAAGUGCAUCUUGCAGUACACAGAGAAUGUGGCAGCUUGCACCAGGCAAGACAGGAACAAGUGGGACGACGCUGUCCGCCUCACACACGCGGCCUUGUUGAAGAUUUGGACUUUUAUUGAGAAGAAGCAGAUGUUAAUGCAUUUAGCUGAGAAAUCCACGAGUAAAGUCGUCUGAUAAGUCAGGAUGCCUCAGGCUCUAUCAGAAACCCGACUGACCGCGUGGACUUCAUAGCUUGUGAAUUGAAGACCCACGGGCAGGGUGUGUUUCCGAGG